AUGAGUGAUAGUGAAACGUAAGUUUUUCACCCUACUCUACCCUACCCUACUCUAACCCACCUUACUCUCAUUUACUCCACUUUACCUUGCCUUACCUUACCUUAUUCAAGAUUUCAGAUUUUUAGUACAAAACAUAAAAUUUUAGUCUAAGAAGUUUGAAGCCAUUUGAAAGAGAACCGGACAGUUUACCCUCAUCUGAAGUCACGUACGACAGUUUGAAAGAGUUCGAAAUGAAUUCGGAAAACUUUAAGUUUGAUCAGUCAGUCAAAGACAGCCUCAGGAUUCUACGAAAAAGUCAAAAAUCAAAGGCAGCUACAGUACGCUCGGACCAAUUCUCAGAAGUUGCUACCGAUGACUUCUAUCGUGCUCUGGACGUGCUUGACAUGAACUCAAUUGGCUUGGAACGGACUAGCCCGAUGUCAUAUGAUCAAUACAAGUCAUAUGAACAGAUGAGAAAGAUGACAAAUGCCAAGUACAAACCGAUAUUGUCCAUGAGUGACACUUACAGUACCUCGUACUCGGAAGAUGUGUCGGCUGAUGAUCAUAUGAUCGCACGAUACCAUCACACUCCUACUGUAAUGAUGACCGCUUCGUUUGGACUGUUUGGCCUUAUGUCUGUGUGCUUAUUGGGUCCCAAGCUGGCUAGUCUGGCGACAAUUGGACUAGCAUUGUACAUCUUGGAGUGGUUGAAGCUUUAUGGUGAUCGGUACGAUACUCAGGUAGGGGUUUUGGAAUUUUAAAAAUUUUUCGAAUUUUUUAAAAAUUUUUUAAAAUUGAAAUUUUCGCCAUCUCUACCUCUAGCCUACCCCUACCUUGGAAAAUAGAAUCUUUUACUUCGUAUUUUACCCAAAAACUAAAAUUUUAAAUUUCAAUAUUUCAAAAAAAAAUUUUAGAAGUUUUACCCCGACAUCCCUAAUAUCCUGAAAGGCACUACUGAGUUCCAACUGUUUGAUGAGAUUAUAUACGAUGACACAAUGCCAAAUGAAAGAAGCUAUCAACAAAGCUGGACCAGCACGGUAUCAGACGGAAAACGAUCGGAAGAGUUCUUGUCCAGCGUGGAAUCAGCCCUCAAAUCGUCUAAAAACUUGUGA